UGCUGGGGAUAAAACCUGGAGCUCGGGAGAGGAGAGGGACAUUUGGGAGCGAGAUGGCGAGAGGGAUGGUGGCCACAUACCUACAUGGAGUCUUUCUCCUGGCUCUGUGGAAACCUUCACUGCAAGGAGGGGUAUAUAUACCUGCUGGUGGAGCAGCAGGAGGAGCUGGAGCCGGCAUAGGAGCUGGUGCAGGACCUGGAGCUGGAUUUGGACCAGGUGGGACUGGAUUUGGCCCUGGAGGAGCUGGGACUGGAUUUCAGCCUGGAGGAGGAGCUGGACCAGGAGCAGGAGGAGGCUUUGGACCAGGAGCUGGUGGAGGGGGCUAUGGUGGUCAAGGACCUGGAGGAGUUGGACCUGGAGGAGUUGGACCUGGAGGAGUUGGACCAGGAGGAGUUGGACCAGGAGGAGUCGGACCUGGAGGAGUGGGGCCUGGAGGAGUCGGACCGGGAGGAGUCGGACCUGGAGGAGUGGGACCUGGAGGAGUGGGACAAGGUGGUUUCAGGCCCAGCACCUUCGGUCCAGGCAGUGGUGGACUGGGAAUUGGUCCUGGAGGCGUUGGGGCAGGUGGAAAGCCGCCAAAAACCGGCCUUGGGACAGGGGGUGUGGGUGGAGGAGUGCUUGGAGCAGGAGGCCAGGGAGCUGGUGGGCUUGGAGCUGGAACAGGCUACAUACCUGGUGGUGGCUUUGGAGGCUUCGGAGGUGGUUAUGGACCAGGUGGUGCUGGUCAAUUCCCAGGAACUGGUGGGACUGGACCCAAACCUCCCAAAACUGGUGGAGCUGGAAUACCACUUGGAGGAACAGGUUAUGGGCCAGGUGGUGCUGGAUUUGGGCCUGGUGGUGCAGGGGUUGGGCCUGGUGGUGCAGGGUUUGGACCUGGUGGUGCAGGGGUUGGGCCUGGUGGUGCAGGGGUUGGGCCUGGUGGAACAGGAUUUGGGCCUUGGGGUACAGGUGUUGGGCCUGGUGGCGCAGGGGUUGGGCCUGGUGGUGCAGGGGUUGGGCCUGGUGGAACAGGAUUUGGGCCUUGGGGUACAGGUGUUGGGCCUGGUGGCGCAGGGGUUGGGCCUGGUGGUGCAGGGGUUGGGCCUGGUGGAACAGGAUUUGGGCCUGGGGGUACAGGUGUUGGGCCUGGUGGUGUAGGGUUUGGACCUGGUGGUGCAGGGGUUGGGCCUGGUGGUGCAGGGGUUGGGCCUGGUGGAAUAGGAUUUGGGCCUGGUGGUGCAGGGGUUGGGCCUGGUGGAACGGGAUUUGGGCCUGGUGGUGCAGGGGUUGGGCCUGGUGGAACAGGAUUUGGGCCUGGGGGUGCAGGGGUUGGGCCUGGUGGAGCAGGAUUUGGGCCUGGUGGAGCAGGAUUUGGGCCUGGUGGUGCAGGAUUUGGACCUGGAGGAGCAGGAGUCAGUCCUGGCGGAGCUGCUGUGCCAGGAGGAGUUCCAAUGCUGCCACAGACAGGUACUACUGGUGGAGGACCUGGAGGAAAGAGUGGUGGUAAAGCAUCUAAACAAGUUCCAGGAGUUGGGGUGCCUGGACUCUAUCAAGGUGGAUUUGUACCAGGCCAAGGUUUUGGAGGCCGUGGGGUUCUCCCUGGAGUAGCCACAGGGUCUGGACUUGGCCCUCAGACUGGGACUGGAGUACUCGGCCAGGGUGGUACUGGACCAGGAGUAACGGGCAAUGGUCGUGGACAGCAGUUGCCUGGGGUUUUUCGUGGUUACCCUCUCAUAUCACCAAAAUCAGGUGCGGGCAAAUCAAAAAAUCCAGCCAAAGCUGCAGCUAAAUACGGUGGAGCUAGAGCUGGAGGAGAUACACUUGGUCAAGGAGGCACUUUGGGGUUUGGGGCAGGAAGACUCCCUGGAGGAGGAGUGGGAGUCGCACCUGGAUUAGGAGGUGGAGUUGGACCUGGAGCUGUACCUGGAUUUGGAGGCGGUGUUGGAACAGGUGGUGGACCUGGAGCUGUACCUGGAUUUGGAGGCGGUGUUGGAACAGGUGGUGGACCUGGAGCUGUACCUGGAUUUGGAGGCGGCGUUGGAACAGGUGGUGGACCUGGAGCUGUACCUGGAUUUGGAGGCGGUGUUGGAACAGGUGGUGGACCUGGAGCUGUUCCUGGAUUUGGAGGCGGAGUUGGAACAGGUGGUGGACCUGGAGCUGUACCUGGAUUUGGAGGUGGAGUUGGAACAGGUGGUGGACCUGGAGCUGUUCCUGGAUUUGGAGGUGGAGUUGGAACAGCUAGUUUAGGUUACGGACCUGGCUCAGCCAAAGCACGCAAAUAUGGUGGGCCAGGCGGUGCAGGCACUGGUGUAGCUGGAGGCCUUGGAGGCCUUGGAGGCCUUGGAGGCGGAGGACCGGGAGGAGGAGCUGGCCUCGGCACGGGAGGAGGAGUUGGCCUCGGCACGGGAGGAGGAGUUGGCCUCGGCACGGGAGUAGGACCUGGCUCUGGUGUUGGUUUUGGUCCAGGUGGGGUCAGCACUGGGUAUGGUCCUGGUGGUGCUGGCACUGUCUCUGGAGGAGCAGGUUAUGGGCCAGCUGGAACCGGGUAUGGGCCAGCUGGAACUGGAUUAGGAGCAGGAACAGGACUUGGAGGCUACGAUGCCAGUGCCAAAGCUCGUAAAUAUGGAAUGUUAAGUGGAGCACUUGGUACAGGAACAGGUACUGGCGGAGUCAGGCCUGGUGGUGGACCAGGUGGUGCUGGUACAGGCUAUGGACCAGGUGGAGUUGGACCAGGUAGUGCUGGUACAGGAUAUGGACCAGGUGGAGUUGGACCUGGUGGUGUUGGUACUGGCUAUGGACCAGGUGGAGUUGGACCUGGUGGUGCUGGUACAGGCUAUGGACCAGGUGGAGCUGGACCUGGUGGUGCUGGUACUGGGUAUGGUCCAGGUGGAGUUGGACCAGGUGGUGCUGGUACUGGCUUUGGACCAGGUGGAGUUGGACCUGGAGGUGCUGGUACUGGUCCUGGAGGAGUGGGUUAUGGGCCAGGUGGAACUGGGUACGGGCCAGGUGGAACUGGAUUAGGAGGAGCAGGAACAGGAACUGGAGGAUAUGAUGCCAGUGCCAAAGCUCAAAAAUAUGGCAUGUUAAGUGGAGCACUUGGAGGAGUCAGGCCUGGUGGUGCUGGUACCAGCUAUGGACCAGGUGGGGUUGGACCAAGUGGUACUGGGACUGGCUACGGACCAGGAGGAGUUGGACCUGGUGGUACUGGCUAUGGACAGGGUGGGGUUGGACCAGGUGGUGCUGGGACAGGCUAUGGACCAGGAGGAGCUGGACCAAGUGGUGCUGGUACAGGCUAUGGACCAGGUGGAGGAGUUGGACCAAGUGGUGCUGGUACAGGCUAUGGACCAGGUAGAGGAGUUGGACCAAGUGGUACUGGGACUGGCUACGGACCAGGAGGAGUUGGACCUGGUGGUACUGGCUAUGGACAGGGUGGGGUUGGACCAGGUGGUGCUGGGACAGGCUAUGGACCAGGAGGAGUUGGACCAAGUGGUGCUGGUACUGGCUAUGGACCAGGUGGAGUUGGACCAAGUGGUGCUGGUACUGGCUAUGGACCAGGUGGAGGAGUUGGACCUGGUGGUGCUGGAUAUGGACCUGGAGGGUAUGCUGGUGCCAAAGCCCGCAAAUAUGGUCUUCCAGGAGGUACUGGAGGUGCCCUGGGUGCAGGAGGAUUUGGUGGUGGACCUGGAGCAGGACUGGGGACCAGUGUGAUGCCUGGUUCGGGUGUUGGAACGGGAGGAGGACCGGGUGGCUUUGGACCAGGCAGUGCUGGAGGGCUUCCUGGUGGGACUGGAAGAACAGGAUAUGGGCCUGGAUUUGGUUAUGGACCAGGUGGAGGCUAUGGUGCAGGACCAGGGUCUGGAUAUGGAACAGGUUAUGGCAGCGCUGGAUCAAAACCUGCUAAAUAUGGUCAAGCUGGAACGGGUGCUGGUGGAGUACUUGGAGGUGGAGCUGGACGAGGUGGUUAUGGUACAGCUGGAUCUAAAGCUGCUAAGUAUGGGCAACCUGGUGGAGUUGUACCCGGGGCAGGGACUGGCACUGCAGUAGUUGGUACAGGAACCGGCACUGGUGUUUCAGUGAAUGGCACCAGCACUGGCACCAGCGCAGGGACAACAGUGGGACCCAGUGGAAGAGGACCUGGAGCCACAGGAGGCACACCAGCACCAGCAUCAGAAGGUGAUGGUGGUGUUGGCAGUGUGAUUGAGGGCUCUGGAAGUUCUGGAGGAGAAGGAGGUACUGGAGUAGCUGGCAGACCAGUGGGUGCAGGAGGUGAUGGAGAUGGCCUGGGUGGAACAGGAAUCCCCAUCAUUGGUGCAAAACCAGGACUCAACGGGACAGAAGUUCCAGAUGCCGCAGGAGCUGUCCCUGUUGGUGGCGGGGCUGUACAACCAAGUGGUUCUGGUGGUGAUCUUUCAAGUGGGACACUGCCUGGAGCCAAACCUCUCAAACCCCCAGGUGUCCCCAGAGGUGACACACCAGGUGAAGGAGAUGGAGAGGGAGUUUCUGAUGGAGAGAGAGGUGGCACAGGAGGCACAGGUGAAGGACCUGGAGGAGUAGGAGGGCGUCCUACCAGUGCAGGAGCAGCAGGAGGUGUUUCAGGUGGAGUAACAGGAGUCGCGAGAGGAGACAGUCCGGCAACUGGAACUGGAGUCAGACCAGGAGGUGCAGCUGGUGGAGUAGGAGGAACACCAAAACCGCCCAAAGCAUACAAACCUGACGGGACUGUAGCAGGAGGAGUAAGUAGUGGACCUGGUGGAGCAGGUGGAACUAGGGCAGUUGGAGGAGGUCCGGGAGGAGUUGGAGGCGGUCCUGGAGGAGCAGGCCUGGUACCUGGGGCUAGUGGGUCUGGUGGAGUAGGAACAGGAGCCCUUAAACCUGGAAAAAGCUACGCUGCUGGUGGAGCUGGAGUUUUACCAGGUGGAGGUAUCCGUUACCCAUCUGGAGCUGGAGUAGGACAGGGAUCCGGGAAAACAGGCAAAGUGUAUGGGACUCUUGGAGCAGGAGGCCAGGGUGGGGUUGGGCCUGGUGGUUAUGGAGCUGGUCCUGGAGGCUAUGGUACUGUUCCAGGAGGUUAUGGUGCAGGACCCGGAGGUUACGGGGCUGGCCCAGGUGGUUAUGGUGCUGGGCCUGGUGGAUAUGGAGCUGGACCUGGAGGUGCGGGAGGAGGAGUAGGAGCAGGCCCCGGUGGAGUGGGUGGUGGAUUGGGGGGAUAUGGUGGUGGUGUGGGUCCUGGUGGUUCAAGAUAUGGCACAGGUCCAGGACUGGGUACCGGCACUGGCAAACCACCAAAAAGUUACGGAGCAGGAGCUGGUGGUACUGGGGUUGGGCCUGGUGGCUAUGGGACUGGACCAGGUGGAGUUGGUUCUGGUCCAGGAGGUUUUGGACCAGGCAGAUUUGGGCCUGGCGGUCCUGGUGGCACUGGACCAGGUGGAUAUGGUCCCAGCACUGCCGGGACUGAACUGGGUGGUGUUGGAACUAGGCCAGGUGGUUAUGGACCAGGUGGUGUUGGUGCAGGACCAGGCAGCUAUGGACCUGGUGUUUAUACUGCUGGAGGUCAAGCUCUGGGGAAAAGAAAGCCCCCCAAAUCAGGCUAUGGAUCAUCCUCACUGGGUGGAACAGGAAGCUUCGGACCAGGUGGUGCAGGCACAGGAACCGGUGGCUUUGGACCAGGUGGUGCAGGCACAGGACCAGGUGGUGCAGGCACAGGACCAGGUGGUUUCGGACCAGGUGGUGCAGGCACAGGAACCGGUGGCUUUGGACCAGGUGGUGCAGGCACAGGACCAGGUGGUGCAGGCACAGGACCAGGUGGUUUCGGACCAGGUGGUGCAGGCACAGGAACCGGUGGCUUUGGACCAGGUGGUGCAGGCACAGGCCCAGGUGGUUUCGGACCAGGUGGUGCUGGCACAGGAACCGGUGGCUUUGGACCAGGUGGUGCAGGCACAGGACCGGGUGGUGCAGGCACAGGACCAGGUGGUUUCGGACCAGGUGGUGCAGGCACAGGAACCGGUGGCUUUGGACCAGGUGGUGCAGGCACAGGCCCAGGUGGUUUCGGACCAGGUGGUGCUGGCACAGGAACCGGUGGGUUUGGACCAGGUGUUGCAGGCACAGGACCGGGUGGUUUUAGACCAGGUGGUGCUGUCACAGGAACCGGUGGCUUUGGACCAGGUGGCGCUGGCACAGGAACAGGAGGCUUCAGACCAGAGGGCCAAGGCUUAGGAAAAAGAAAACCUUCUAAAUCUGGUUAUGGGGGAGCUGGGUAUGGUCCACCUGGAACUGGGACAGGCCCUUUUGGUUUUGGGCCUGGAGGUGCUGGAACUGGUGGCUAUGGCCCAGGAGGUGCUGGAACUGGGCCAGGGGGUUUUAGACCUGGUGGUGUGGGUGGCUAUGGACCUGGCGAAGCAGGAUACGGCUCGUCAUUGGGUGGAACUGGCUAUAGACCAGGUAGUGUAGCAGGAGGGACAGGAGGGCCAGGAGGUCCUGCAGGAACAGGUCAAGGAGGAGGAGCGGGCAGCCUACCAGCAGGGGGUGUUGGCCCUGGCUAUGGUGGCACUGCUGGUGGAGGCUAUACAGGAUAUGCAGGGGCUGGGCAAAAAUCCAAGGCACAGAAGGCAGCCAAAUAUGCAGCCAUGCAGGCCUUACUGGGAGCUGGGGGCUACAGAGGCGCGGGCUGUCAGGGUAAAUACUGUGGUCGAAGGAGGAAGUGAAAGACCUACAGGAAGUGACCUCAUUGAAACAACAGUGGUGCUAUAGCAUGAUCCCAGAUUAUAAAUGUCUUACUUGCCAUAGAAGCUAAUGCUUCAACACAUUCCACAUGUUCCACUUUCAUUUGCUUGGAUUGUACACAAGGGUCUCUUUCAAAAAGAGGAAUGGUUCUCAGCCUGUUAGGGUCGUGAUUCCUUAAAACAAAGCAGUGUUAUCUGUCGCAGGCUGCUUUGCAGAGUGGUGAAAUUUAUCCACGUCAGACUGUUUUUUUGAUAAUUCACCUUGUGACUCUCUCUGGGAAUCCUGACCACCAGGCAGGGAACCACUGAAAUAAAUGAUCAAGAUUUCUUCUUAAUUUUUCAGGCCAAACUUUACUAUAAUACACCGUUUGUUUAUUGUUGUUACGUUGAACAUCAUUUGUGUUCCUGUGCAAGUAUCACCAUGAAUCCUCUGGGUGAAGACUGAUACCAAGGACACCCUCAGGGCAGCUCUUUCAGACCUGUCUGCAUGCUUUAAAAGAACAUCUCCAAGGCCACACUUUUAUCCAGUUAGACUGGAUUUUCCUUCGGUCUACAGAGUGUAAUGUUUGUUUUAUUAAUUCACUGUUUUAAGCUUUUGUAAACAUAUGGAUAAUCUGUAUAGACAAAGAAUCAGACAGCUGCUAUUUUGGGAGAACUGUGAACAAAAUUGACUCCCAGCGGGAUCUUUUAUGGUGUGGUGUUUUGACUGGUCAUUAUCUGAUACCUGAAAAGCAGUCUGUGUUCAUUUCAACUGUGUUUAGGCCUGAGCAGUAUCAACACAUGUAGAAGGUCCUCAGCUGAUAACAAUUCACAACAUUAAAGGCACUAUUUUAUAGUUUCAUAACACUAAAUGGUAUUAGGGUAAACGUUUGGGUAACGUGCAUAUUUUUUCAUAAUUAGAAGGAUGUAUUUGUUAUGAUAUUAUGGUGUGGAGUAGAUUUGGAUUGAGAAAAGCAUUUGAACUAAAUAUGAGGUAAUGUGAUUACAAUAUGUGCAUUUAAAUGAUAUCUGAGGAGCAGAGAUUACUGUGUUUUUUCUUUUUGAUGUACCUCCUUUAACACUGUUGGAAAAUUGUUCACAUUGCUAGUCUUUUUAAAUUAUGUUGAGAAGAAGCAGAAAAGGAUGCUUGAUCUAUUUAGUCUCAUUUUCACAAUUUCAAGUGCAUUAAUACAGUAUUAAAUAUUUGAGUUAUUUUGUGUGUGUGAAUUUAAACAGUUUUUAAACUUGUGUACUACUAUGAUAAAUAUAAGUGCUUUGUUUUCUACAUUGUCCUUGAAUGUGUGCUGAAUCACAAUGUAGUCUGUGAUGUCAUUUGGAUAAAAAGUGUAACUGAGUCUCAUCUUGAGCUCUCUAUUGUGUAGCUCAACGUGUUUUUUUAACAUCUGUGUUCUUUAUGUGACCUAUGAAGACAAUGAUGCACUUUUGUUCACUUUCAGACAAUGCUCUCUGAAAUAAAACAAAAUGAUUAUUUCAGGU